CUGCCUACGCCAUUGUUUGGCUCUGAUGUCUUGUUGCUUUUUGUUUGUUUGCCAGAAGAAAAUUUGUCUGCUACCAAUUCCAGCCCAAUUUUGGAGCCAGGUCUACCUGAAGAUGAAAUGCAAAGUGACUGCAUGACCUAAAACACUUUUGCUGAAUCAGUGCUGGUGCUCAUCAGACCUAUUUACAAGAGGACAAUGUUCCAGCCAACUGAGCCACCCUGUCCAGCCUAGUCAUUAUUUUUGAGAACCAAUAGGGCAAAGAAAAACACUUGAUUCCAUGUCUAGAAGGAUUCUUGUACCCCAAAGAAACCCUUGAACAUGACCACGCAUAUUAGAUAUGGGAAUGUCCCUGUUUUAAGUUGUUAUCUUGGGAGAUUUAUCUAGCAUCGAUAUUGAUGUUAAUCAGAUACUGAAUGCUCCAGUACGAUGUGAUACAGUCGGAACAGCUGGUUCGAUGCCCAGAACUGAAUGCUGUGCUCCAGCUGUGGCCUCACCGGUGCUGACUAGAGAGGAAGAGCCACCUUCAUAGCUUACAUGUGAUUCCUCUGCUUAUCCAACCCAAUACUGGAUUUACUUACUUUGGCAAGAUAGCUGCAUUGUGCACUGUAUUUAAUGUUCCGUGUACUGUAACCCUGGGUCUUUCUCUGCAUUGCUGCGUGAAACCCCCAACCCCGCCCAUCUCAAAUCCCCGCCUUCGUUUACCUGCCCUCCCCCCACCCCCGUAGACUCCCCUUACAUUCAUCCACAAUGAAUGUCAUCUUUAUUCUCUCGUUUCUUUUCAGUCUAAUCUUAAACUCGGGCAACACUUUCCCUCUGUCUCUAAAUUGUCGGUUGUCGGCCUUCUGAUUUGUCUCCCUGCUUUGGUGAUGGGACGCCUUUAAGUCUUCUCUGUGGCUCUUUUCCUUCUGUGGUCGUUGUACAGCCGGCACGGGAUUCAGUAAGCAUUCGCCUGGCAUUGCUUCGAGAUCAAAUACCUGGGAAGUCCUCCGAUUUUGAUCACCGACUCAAGUUGUUACCUACACUCUCUGGCCUCUGUUCAGGUUUCCUUAGCUCCUCCUGACCCCCAUCCCUGUGACCUCAUUCAAGAUGCCCUGUAUCUCACAGCUCUUCCCCAGGGGAGGGGUCCGGAGGCUUGUUUACCAUGGAAAUUUCUAACAAGGAAAGCGGUCUUCUUAAUUGUGAAUAGAAUGGUCUUUAAUAAUUUUAAGCAAAUUCUCCCCCCCCCCCAAGAUAUUCAUUGCUGUUGUUGUUUUUAAUGCUAGAGCUUAAAAAAAAAUAGAACUUAAGUCACUGUAAAUUUCUCAGAGGAGUGAGGUAAAGGAAGAAGGAAGGAAAGCAAGGCGAUUGUUCUGAGAGGAAAUAGGAACUGGUUCUCCAGGAAAAGCUAACGUGAGGAUCUCACUGGGUUUGGUGCAGCUGUCAGAAAUGGGAGGCGAGACUUUGUUUUUUCUAGAUUCUGGAGCAUUGUCUUAACUUCAGAUUUCGAGUAGGCGUUUAAGCUGGUCUGCGUAGGACUUCAGACACCGUUGUUUCAGUGUAUGCUUUGGUUAACCAUUGAGAGUGUGGAAGGUGUAACCUGUCUGGUUUAUGGGAGGUAAGAACUGGGGAGGACACCUCCAUGUGUCCUUUUGAUCCAUUUCUAAAUCCCUCUGGUUUCUGGUAGCAGUCAAGCUGAAGUUUGAGCUCUUUUUUUUCUAUGUCCUGUUUCAACAGCUUCUCCUUAGAUCUGUAAUUUUUGCUGAACCUACAAGAUACCUCUUAGGUAUUUAUGUUUGGAGAGUUAAAAUCAAUUUGGAAAUCUUUUUUCACCUUUCAGUACAUCAAAUUUUACCGUAACGAUUGAGGAUCACCAAGCAUUUUUUCUUCAGACCCUACUAGACGUGUUACAUACCAGCAUGUUAACUAUUAAAGUGUAUUUCACAAGUACACUACCAAGCGAGACAUAUCAAAUGCAUCAUCUGACCGUGCUUCCAUAUCUAAGACCGUUCGAUAUGGCUGGUUUUCUUAUGCACAGUUACAUGGUGAGUUUAAGCUCACUUCGGUGGUUUCGGUCUUUCCUGUGGUUUCCCACUAUAGGGUCAGAAAUCGGUGGCUUUGUUGAUGCCCACGUCACGGCCUGAUAAGUGUGGCCCCUUUCUUCAAAGGACCAUCGUUGUGUUUCCUGACUUCGGGACUAGCCCUCGGUGACAGCCCACGGGUCCCUUUCCUGUGCCGGGUGCUUUUCUCAGGCAGCCAGGCGGUGGUGGCACGGUUCCCACAUCCAUUUAUGGCCCUGGAGGGUGAAAGGGACACGGCUGGGACUCUCCAUGUACGGUCCUUAAGGAGUCAAAAAGCGUGGUUGGGGUGUUCUUGGAGGCAGCAACUAGACAUGGGGAGAUAAAAAUAAAUUGUCAGAUGUUUGCAAUUCCAGUUCCCGUCUCUGCCAGGAGGGCAGAGAGCACGGGGGGGAGAGAGCAGAGAAUCCACGGAUCUCUGUGCAGGCAUCUGUGACCCUCCCUUAUGAAGAGAAGCCUCAGUUCUUUGAGGCACCAGUGGAGGCAGAGGAGAUCUCGAGAGAGGAAGAGGGAGGAAGGUGCUCAUGCAGGGGCAGGCUGGCUGGUUUGGGGACAGGGUGAGGCUGACCACCACUCUGUUUGUGUCUGAGGAAUGUCGUCCUAAGUGCCCUGCUCUUAUUCCUUUUGCCCAUCUGGGUUUCCGGCAUCAAGAGAAGAUCUGCAGAGUAUUUUAUGGAGUGUCUUGUGGUUUGUCAACUGCGAUUUAGAGACACUGAACUUCCAUGGAGGUUCUGUAAAGGCUUUUGAGUUGUUUUUGUUUGGUGAGAACAGGUGAUGUGUUGGCUUAUGGGACGCCAUCUCACAUGUAGGAGACAUUUAUAGUCUGGCAAGCGCACGUAUUGAAGUCUGAGGCGAACUGCUUUUGCGCAGGCGUGUUAGAAAGUAUUUGGGAGCCACCAGAGAAAAAGGGUCUUGUCUCAAGGAAACUCAGGGUGAAACCCAGUCAAGUAGAAGGAACAUGGAGGCAGAGAUGGGAGAGAGACUGAGAGCAACUAAACUAAAUUUGGAAGCUGGGACCAAGUCCUUGGUGUAGCCUUUGCAAUAUCGUUCAACUAAGGAAACUGAACUAAUAAUAAGAACUGUGCCUUAGAAGACCAUGAAGAAAAUGGAAGGGUUGUGUAAGAUGAUAAAGUUAUCCAGGUUUUAUAUGUGGACUUGCAGAAUGAUAUUUAUUUGCUGUGCGUUAAAAGGCAGAAAGAUAAAUGAAGUAACACCCCUCUACCUCACUUUCCCCCAAAAAGGAAAUUAGCGGCCUCAUGUGUUGGUUUGUUUGGCUGGCAGUUUGAGUUGAUAGAAUAGACGAGUCUUACUGGCUAAUUUUUAGAUGUAGGUAUAUUCUUUCUUGAUAAUUGAUGUUUGAGACAGGGAAUCGGUAGCAUGGUUGACUUGACCUCUCUUAAAUCUUAGCAACUUCCCCAAAGACAGUGAGUUAGUGAGGGAUAUGGACCAUCUGAGUAAUACGGUUUCCUAGUCGCUUCAUUUAGGGGAUUGUUUUUACCCUGUAUCCCUUAAUCAAGAGUAAGGAAGGUUAUAUUCUUUGCUUCAGGGAACUCUCCUUUCUGUCCUCCCUCCCUCACUUUUUCCCAAUUCUGGCCCCAAAGCAGCUCUAUCUCUUCUGUGGCAGGUGUGCAUCCUAUUGGCUGGCUGGUAUUUCUUGUUUUCUUUUUUUUUUUCCCCCCCUUAUUCUUUUUAAGUGGGGGAGGGGGUAUAAAAAUAUGUGUAUGGGGUACAUGCAAUAAUGUUGUAAUGAUUCUUGUUUAAUGGAUAAUUAAUUGCAAAGUAAUUGUUUGAAUGAUAACAUGUUUGAGUAAAUGCUAAAUUAGUAAUUUUUUUUUCUCUAAUAUAAUCAUGAUUUUGAAAUCUAGCAUUCCUGUAACAAUGUGUCUGUGUUUGUCUGUCUGUGUCUGUCUCAUAGUAAUUAAUAUCUGUGGUCCGUACCUGGAAGAGGAAGGACAGCUUUAAAGGAAUAACAAAAGACUUUGUGUCUUAGACCCUUCGCAGGUGUUACAGUCGGGUGAAAGAACAUGGUGUUGGGAAAAGAAAGAGCAGUUACACAUUUGAACAGUUGGAACAGGUGUUUGGUCAGGGAGGAUGGGAUGCUCAGCCCUGCCAGCCUGUCCUUAUUAACAGUAGUGGCUUGUACCAGGAGCUGGAGUCAGAUGGCAGCACUAUGGAGGAGUAUUCACAGGAGGACUGGGGAAACCACAGUCAGGAUCUCCAUGGCUACCCAACAGAUCAGGAAUUGGAUGAAAUACCUGUCACAAAGAGAACAUUAAAAAUCAAACAGGAGUCUUCUGAAGAAGCACAGAAGAGAGACAUCAUGCAGAAUAUCGUCCAGAUUUUGGAAUCAGUGCAGUUGAAAUGGGAACUGUUUCAGAGCUGGACGGACUUUUCAAGGCUUCAUCUUUCUAAUAAACUGGCCAUUUUCGGGAUCGGUUAUAACACCCGUUGGAAAGAGGAUAUCCGCUACCAUUAUGCUGAGAUCAGCUCCCAGGUGCCCCUUGGCAAACGACUCCGGGAGUACUUCAACUCCGAGAAGCCCGAGGGGCGGAUCAUUAUGACCCGCGUGCAGAAAAUGAACUGGAAGAAUGUGUACUACAAGUUCUUAGAGAUCACUAUCAGUGAGGCCAGGUGCCUGGAGCUGCACAUGGAAAUUGACUGGAUCCCCAUUGCCCACUCCAAACCAACUGGUGGCAACGUCGUUCAGUAUUUAUUGCCAGGAGGCAUUCCCAAGAGCCCCGGCCUGUAUGCCAUUGGCUAUGAAGAAUGUCUGAAGAGGCCCUCCUCCCCCCACAUGGAGCAGAGUUCCCUGGACCCAGGAAAGGAGGGCAGGGUUGACCUGGAAACCCUUUCUGCACCCAUAGAACCCGCCCGGAUCACCUAUUGCUACCUCGGGAUCGCUGAGGUCAGGACUCUGCAGCAGUGCUUGUUUCUACACUUCCAAGCCAAUACCAAAACCUUCAGCAAAGACUGGGUUGGUAUUAAUGGGUUUUUGUCUCAGAACUGCAUUGUGGAUCCCGGAGUCUCCCCCAGAUCCAUCUACAUCAAGUUUGUGGAAGUAGAGAGGGAUUUCCUUUCCGCGGGCUCUUUAGUGGAGUGCCUAGAAAAAGCCAUCGGGUACCGCUUAAAAUUUAACAACUGAAUGUCAUCCUUCAUAAGGAUUUGGGCUCUUACCUCCCUCUUCUCACUUCCCGUGACCCAGACUGUCCCUCAUCCAGAUGCUGCCAUCAGACUCUCCAUGGAAACUCUUUCCACCAUUGGGCCAGUACAAUCUUUAAAGGAUCACACUAGACUUUGAGCAAACAACACAGACCUCACCUAAAAAUGCUCACUUUGAGCAAACGAGAUUUACAGCGAACUUGCAUGGUGGGUCGACUGUUUUUUAAAAACAAAACAUUUUUAAACGGAUAUUAGAGCCCUAAUAUAAACAAACAUAGCUACAUUCCAUAUUGGACAAAACUUAUACUUUGAGUUUCAUAUAAAAUUGAAAAUUUGUAUUUUUUCCACGUUUCAUUUUUACACAUCUCUAUGUCUCUAUAUAAGUAUUAUUUACAACCCUGAAUAAAUAAGCAAUAGAUAAUGGCAAGUUAAAUCUCAAGUCACAGUAAAUAAGACUGUUUUUCAAUAUCACCUUUAGCUACUAUUGUAUAUAAUUUAGAGUUCCAUUUUUUCACCAACCCAGUGUUUUGCUAUUCCCAAUCAGUGUUGCCUGCAAAGACCUUUGUUUCUGUGAUGUACCAACUUGACGGUUGUGUUGCCGUUUAAACUUUUUUUUAAAAAAAAAUUAAAGUAAUUCCUGGCCUCUUGGCGUA